CACAAGAUGCGCUUCAGUACUCUGCUCGCACCUCUCUCCCUUGUCGCCGUCGCCCUCGGCGCGGCCGUCCCCUCGUCCGACGUCGAGGCCUUGAUCAAGUUCCCCGACUCGAACCCGUUCGGCACCGUCCACAACGGCGUGUCGACCAACCUCCUCCACGUUCGCGUCCACAACCACGGCAGCGAGCCCGUCACCGUGACCCGCAUCCGCGGCCAGUUCCGCGAGGCUCACGGCCGCGAGAGGGCGCUGCGCAACACGACGGUCAUGCCGCUCGGCCUCCCCGUCGGCCCCGGCCAGAAGUCGCCCCUGCUUCCGUACAAGUUCUUCAGCGAGAACAAGCAGGGCGACGUCGGCCUGCGCGUCUGGAUCGACUUUAUCGACAGCACGCGCCGCCAGCACACGGUCCUCGGCUACGACUCGACCGUGACCGUCGUCGAGCCCAAGGGUUCCUGGUUCGACCUCGAGCUCUUGUUCCUCUACGUCCUCCUCGGCUCGGCCUUCUCCGGCCUCGCGUACCUCCUCUACACGUCGUACCUCGCGCCCGUCGUCGCACCCGCCCCGGCCAAGUCGUCGGGUGGCGGCGCGCGUCGCCCGCAGGCCGUCACGGCCAAGUCGUCGACGAUCGUCGACAACACGGACGGCACGCGCACCAAGGUCGACGACGAGUGGGUCCCCGAGCACCACCUGCGCACGCGCAAGGCGCGCGCUGCGGGUGCGACGAGCGGGACGAGCGGCGACGAGAGCGAGGGCGCCAAGGGGCGGCGCAAGGCGCGCAAGUGAGCGGGGUGCCGGUCGAGCAGCGAGCGAGGGCCGUGCAGGUGGAGCAGACGAGCAGCGUGUGGGAGCGCGUCGAGGAGGAGGAGGAGGAGGAGGUCGAGGCAGCGAGUCGACCCGAAAGUCCGUAGCGUCGCAGUGCCACGCCAGAGCUAUCUUGGAUGUC